GAGAUACUUGGCGGGCUUUGUGCACGAUUGCAUCGCAAAGGCACUGUUGAAGAUUUUAAUGGAAAAGGAAAGGAAUGGUUUUCAUGAAUUGAUACUGAUAUAUUACCUUCUAUUCUUUGCUUUUAUUGAUUGUUGAAAUUUCAAUUGGAAUAAUCCUUCUUACCAUUAAGGGAACCUUCCAUUAUGCUACUCCAUUAAAUAUUAAUCACACUUUGGAUGCCAACUUGUGGCCAUUAAAAGCUUCCAAUUUGGACAAAGACAAAUUUCUCUCUCUCCCUCUCUCUCUCUCUCUCUCUUUCAGAAGCAUGCAACUAAGUUCACUGCAUAUUAACACACACAACUUCAGCUUUCGAUGAGAACGAGGGAUUCCCUCUUCAAUAUCUGUUAUUUUGGUUUUUUGGUCAGGUGGGUACCUUGUUUUGUUUUGGUUUGUUGGGUAUAUGCUUCAGGUUUCCAUGCUGAAAUUCUUUCAAGAUCACAUUUUUUUCUAUACCAGAUUUGUUUUACUUUAGCAUUUUUAAUUAACUGUUUGGUGGGUCUUUUACUAAUCCCUGAAAUGUAUAGUGCCUUUUCUUUGAACUUUUUUAUGAAAAUGAGAAAUGCAUCAUUUUCUUUUCUAGGAUUUGAGUUAGGUGGAUUCAUGUGUUAUUUAGUCUUGUUGAGGUUUCAAAAGCUGAAUAUGUCUCGGGUCUAAACAAAUGAGCGCAUUUCAAUAGCGUUUUUGGAAGGAACUAUAUUUUCUUUUGCUUUUGCCAAUGAAAUUCAAAUAUUGAGGUUUCGGGGCUGGUUAAAGUCCAAUCUUGCGUUCAUAAUCUUCAAAGAGAAACUUCUCGGUGUCUUCCAUUGAAGUUGCAGGUUCUGGAGUUUAAUAUUUGAUGCUUCCACUUUGUCCACCACUUGAAUGAUCGAUGGCUCAGGAGGAUGAUCCAUAUCCAUCAAUGGAGAAGAGAACAUCUUUAUGCAUUUUCUUUAAGGAUUUCAGACAUGUUCUUAAACCAGAUGAACUUGGGUUAGAAAUUGCACGUAUAGCAUUGCCUGCAGCGCUGGCUUUAACAGCUGACCCUAUUGCCUCUAUGGUGGACACAGCAUUUAUAGGCCGAAUAGGCCCAGUAGAACUAGCUGCUGUUGGAGUUUCUAUUGCCCUCUUCAAUCAAGUAUCAAGAAUUGCAAUAUUCCCACUUGUCAGUGUCACCACCUCUUUUGUCGCUGAAGAAGAUGCAAUUGGAAAAGUGAGCCCUGAAGUACAAGAGAGUGAAUCCUUGGAAACAGGUUCACUUGUAAACAGUGAAAGUAAAGAGUUGAUACCGCAAAAUGGUACUGAAUACCAUGUCCCGCCCUUUUCACUUUCUGUUUAUGAUAGACCUCGUCUAGUGGACUCCGGUGAAAGUGCAUUCAAGUCAAAAUCAUUUAUUAACAGCUUUGAAAUUUCUAAUAAGACUGGGAACGAACGAAGGCACAUCCCCUCAGCCUCAUCUGCAUUAGUUUUUGGUGCCAUCCUUGGCUUCGUCCAAACUAUAUUCCUCAUAUCUGGUGCAAAACCAUUGUUGAACUUCAUGGGAGUCAGUUCUAAUUCGCCUAUGCUAACCCCUGCACAGCAAUAUUUGACAUUAAGGUCACUUGGUGCCCCUGCAGUUCUCCUUUCCUUGGCCAUGCAAGGAGUCUUCCGUGGAUUUAAAGAUACGAAGACUCCUUUUUAUGCCACUGUGGCUGGAGAUGUAACAAACAUAAUUUUAGAUCCCAUAUUCAUGUUUGUUUUCCGUCUGGGAGUUAGUGGUGCGGCCAUUGCCCAUGUUAUAUCCCAAUAUCUGAUUUCAAUUAUACUCUUGUGGAGAUUAAUGGAACAAGUUGAUCUCUUACCUCCAAGCGUCAGGCAUCUGCAAUUUGGUAAAUUUGUUAAAAAUGGUUUUCUACUAUUAAUGAGGGUGAUAGCUGUAACAUUCUGUGUUACUCUUUCUGCGUCAUUAGCUGCACGACAAGGAUCAACAUCCAUGGCUGCAUUUCAGGUCUGCUUGCAGGUUUGGCUGACCACAUCUCUUCUCGCAGAUGGAUUGGCUGUUGCCGGUCAGGCAAUACUUGCAAGUGCCUUUGCCAAAAAGGACUAUGACAAGGCGACAGCCACUGGAUCUCGAGUAUUGCAGUUGGGAUUGCUUCUGGGAUUGAUGCUGGCUGUUGUACUCGGACUAGGAUUGAGUUUUGGGGCAAGAUUAUUCACAAGUGAUGUCAAUGUUCUCCACAUGAUUAGUAUUGGCAUCCCGUUUGUUGCGGGUACUCAACCCAUCAACGCCUUAGCAUUUGUAUUUGAUGGUGUCAACUUUGGAGCUUCUGAUUUUGCAUACUCUGCGUACUCCAUGGUUCUGGUGGCCAUUAUUAGCAUCCUAUGUUUAAUUUUUCUCUCCUCCAGCUAUAAGUUCAUUGGUAUCUGGAUUGCUCUGACCAUAUAUAUGAGUCUCCGUGCGUCUGCGGGCUUUUGGAGGAUAGGGACCAGAACAGGACCCUGGAAGUUUCUCAGGAGCUUUUAGCUGGUUGUUUAUUGUUUCAGCCAUUAUUUUCUUCUCAUAGAUAGCAUACCCUCUGGCUGUAUAAGCAUUUUCCCUUCUUUCUUUCUUCUGUUGUAUCCUUUUAACUUAAAUGUCAUGAAAUAUUUUGCCUUUCUAUCACCUCUGUAAAGAAAUUGAAAUAUAGAAAAAGAGAUAAAACCCAUGUUCUUAUUCUUAGAAAUUGAUGGACAGAUCUCAACGAUUUCUUGACCA